AUGAAGUUUCUAAGUGUUCUCAUGCUUGUAAUAUUGGGAAGUAGCAUCAAGGCCUAUAGUGAAAUUUGUCAAACUUCUUUGAAAGAAAUCAGUAAUAUCAAUAGCCAUGGACCAUAUAUUGGUAUAGCUGUGCCAAAUGCCUAUGAGUUGAAGCCUCUUCUUCAAUCACCCAGCUUUGUGCCUCAUAACAAGUUUCCUUACUUCGACUUUGCCGGAAAAAAAUUUCGCAUUGGUGAAUUGGAAAAUAAGAAAGUUAUUGUUGUUAUGAGUGGAGAGGGUAUGCUAAAUGCAGGUCUUGCCACCCAAUUGUUGCUUACUUUGUUUAAUGUAGAAGGAGUUCUUCAUUAUGGAAUUGCUGGUAAUGUAAAUUCUCAAUUCCAAGUUGGGGAUGUGACUAUUCCACAAUAUUGGGCUCACACAGGACUUUGGCAUUGGCAGAGAUUUGGUGAAGACAAUGGAGAUUUCGGCAGAGAAUUUGAUUAUCUAAAGUUUUCAAAUUACAAUAACUAUACAAAACAUUCGAAAUCAAUAGAAAAUCUUUUGAAUAAGAUUUGGUAUCAACCAGAGCAAAUUUUUCCUGUGGAUGGGACUCCCGAAGUAAAGCAGCGUGCUUUUUGGGUUCCAGUUGACAAAAAUUACUUUGAAAUCGCAAGAAAGCUCAAGAAUGUUAAGUUGAAUAGCUGUGUUAACAAAACUUGCUUGCCAAGAAAGCCAAUUAUGGUGAGAGUGAAGAAGGGGGUGAGUGCCAAUGUGUUUGUUGAUAACAAAGCUUAUAGAAAUCAUUUGAACUCCAAAUUUGAUGCUACUCCAACUGACAUGGAAAGUGCUGCUGUUGCUUUAGUUUGUUUCCAACACAAAAUACCUUUCAUUGCCAUUAGAGCAUUAUCUGAUUUAGCUGGAGGUGGUUCUGCAUUGAGUAAUGAAGCAUCUAUCUUUUUAUCACUAGCCUCUCAAAAUGCAUUUGAUGUUCUUGUCAAAUUCAUCUCUUUGAUGAUUUGGCAGCGUUAA